GAAUGCAUAUGAAAUGUCACAAAGUGAACGUCACUCUCGCCAGUUCGUUGUUCUUUUGAUGAAGAAACAACAUCUUUUAUUUGCGAUUUCUACCUCAAAAGUCCCAAACAAAUUAUAAAUUGUUGUACUUAAUUGAAUAACCUUUUACUCUUUGUGCAAAUCAACACAAAAAUUAUAUCAGAUACUUUAGAGAAUUUAGUGUUUUAGGAGACGCACUUUGGUGUCCUACUUUUUAUUGUCUCUCAUCUAGUGUCGAGUGCUAUAACACUUCUUUCUAUUUGGUUAGUUGUGUGUGUGCACUCGUUGGCAUAAUUUCUAGUUCCUAGUUUCUAAAACGAGCUAGAACAUAUUCUGUGAAAAAAAGUAAAUAAAUUUUCGUGAAAUCCAGUUGCAAAUCAAUUUGUUCGAAUUGUACCGUGUCAACGCUUCAUAUGAGCCAUUUCAACAUCUUUUAACAUCUCUUUGGCAAUAUUCCCAAAGCCAAACAAUAGGAUUCUCAUGCCAUUUGAUAGAUGAGUUAGGUGUUGAACUGAGUGCUUCAUAUCUCUCUGGAGAACUGCCAUCGUCACAUGGAUAAUCAUGCUAGACAGAACACUCAAUACGAUCUUCUUUGAAUCCCUCUCACACACAAAUACCCUACUCAAUGGACUCAAUGAGCUGAGACUAAAAGGACACCUCAUCGAUAUCACUCUGAAAGCCAAUGGGCAAUCUUUUAGAGCCCAUCGUGCCGUCUUGGCAUCCUGCAGUGAGUAUUUUCGUGCUAUGUUCACGGACGCCAUGAAAGAAUCCCAGCAAAAUGAGAUAAGUCUGAACGGAGUGACUGCUGCUGGAAUUGAACUUCUACUGGAAUAUGCUUACACAUCCAAGUUAGAGCUCAAUCUAGCCAAUGUGCAGGAUGUCCUUUCAGCAGCCAGCCAUGUUCAGCUAGAUGCUGUAGUGGAAGCUUGCUCCAACUAUCUUCAAUCUCAGCUCGAUGUGGACAAUUGUGUAGACAUUGUCAGCAUUGCGGAGAUGUAUUCGCUGGAUAAGCUGCGGCAGCGAGUAUAUCGGUUCAUUUGUGCCCAUCUUAGUGAAUUCAUCAAAACACACGAAAUUGGAGUUCUGGGACGUCAUCAGUUGGAGCACAUCCUGGCCUGUGAUUAUCCUGUGGACUGCUCUGAAGUAGUCGUACUCAGUAUUGUGUUGCAGUGGAUUAAGAAGUCUGAGAAGACACUGCACGAUGUUCGCGUUUGCAAUCGUAUGUUGGGCCUUGUUCGACUAGCAGAGGUGUCAACGGGAGAUGUUGAAAGGACCCUACAAUCUGUUGGAAUCUCCCCUAGUUCUGCCCUCUACGGACUCACCAAGAGCCAGGCUCAGUCACAGAAGCGGCACAUGGUGCCAGUGACCAAUCAGGAGAAUGCAUUGGUGAAUUCACGCGGAAUGGAACUGGCAUUGGUGAAGGUGGGUGGAUUCGGGCUCGAAGGUAUCACCAAUGAUAUCACCUAUUAUUUGCCGAGUGUAAAAAAGUGGCGGCAUCUUACAUCUAUUCCGCAUGUUGAGCAAUGUAACUAUGGCAUUGCGACACUUAGGAAUGAACUGUAUGUCGUGGGAGGAUGCUACAAUGUGUGCCUGAAAGAGUAUAUCCAUCCGUUUGGCUUUCGAUUUAGUCCUAUGUCCAAUUCAUGGAAUACGAUUGCACCAAUGCAACAGGAUCGAUGCCGUUUCUCUUUAAACUUUGUUGGGGAGUUUCUGUAUGCUGUUGGUGGUGCUAGUGAAUUGGACGAUGCUGAGGAUAUGGAUCCAGGUGAUUUGGUGGAUCAGCACGCAUCAACGGCAGAGUGCUAUGAUCCUAGCACGGAUAAGUGGAGUUACAUCCCGAUGAUGCCGGGCAGUCGGGUUCAGCAUGCCGGAGCCGCUCAAGACCACUACCUGUAUAUAUCAGGCGGAUUGGAUAGGCAUCGGGUGUUGUCUUCCUUCUACCGGUACAAUACCAAGAUGCAAGUGUGGGAGCAGCUUCCGUCGAUGCUGACACCUCGGGCUGACCAUAUGAUGGUGUCCAUUAAUGACAAAAUCUACGUCUGUGGGGGUUGGACUGAGCGCUCCAUGGCCGAUACGAGAACACUAAUCGAUACGAUCGAUGUUUACAACAAGGACUCACGUACCUGGGAAGUGGUGACACAAAUCCCAACACCUCGCUUCCAUGCGGGAAUUGUGGCUGUCAACACAAAAAUCUACAUUAUUGGUGGUUUCUAUUCGGAUUCAAUGUUCGAUCUCACGCGAUCUGUAAUUGAGUGCUACGAUGUGGAUACCAAUCAGUGGACGAGCGUGGAGAGAUAUCCUCAGAAUAUCUGGGAGUGCAACUGCAUCGGACUCUACAUACCCAAGUGCCGAGAUGAUAUGGAAGUCAUUGUUGAUGAUUGCUGAUCUUGCUGAUAGUCUGAGUCACAUUGUAGGGCAGAUUUCUUCCUCGAGGCGCUCAGUGCCAUUUCCCCCAUUUACCUGCCCUUGGCGAUUCAGGACCAAACUUCUUUUUUUCAACCUUUAAAACGUCACCUGAACACCUUUUACUUACACCAUCUUUUUUGUGAUGUCUCAAACACACUCUUAUUUAUUUGCUUUUGUACACUUCUUGUAUGAUGACAGAGAUUAUGAUCAAAAUGAAAUUGUAGUUUUGAAAGAA